CCGCCGAAAAUUCUUCGGCGUAUUUUUCUCUCAUUGAUGAAUUUUUGGGACGAGGUUUAAUAUCCUCAAAUAAAAUGUCAGAUCGUGACUUGUAUAAUCAAGCUUUAGAUAUAAUUGAAUCAGGACAAUAUUUGUCAGUGCCAACUUCACGAUCAUUUCUCGAAUUCGCACUUUCUCUACAUACUACUGCGCCAGCGAUUCAAGCAUAUUAUCAUUAUUAUAAUGCAACUGUAGUUCCAAGUACAAAAGAUUAUAUUGAAACCCAUGAACAUUUGAAAUUUGAUCCUGACUGUGAUGUUUGGGUUGAUUGGUAUGGAAAUCAGGCUUGUAGUGUUGAAGAAUUUAAAAAGCUUACUGGAAUUAUCGAUAAUAGUAAAUUUAACUCGAACUUUGAUAUUAAAAGUGAUGCUCCAAUUCCAAAGCUUUUACCUUUUGAUCAUGUUCUGCAAUAUGAUGAAAUUGCACCUUUAGCUGUUUUAUACGCUAAUUUAUAUUCACCGAGUUUUUUGACUUUUCAUAAAUUCUUGUCUGAUUUGGCCAAAAAUGGAGUUUUAAGCUACGUUUUGCGAUAUAGACCACCAAAAGAAAGGCGGGACGCGCUAUAUCUAUCUGGAUAUGGAGUAGAAUUAGCUUUAAAAAACACUGAUUACAUUGUAGUGGAUGAUCGUAAGGUAGAAACAGGUGAUGUGAACGAAAAUGAUAAUCAAGAACCAAUGCUCCAAGAAAGACCAUCGACUGAUCAUUUAUUUGUUCAACAAAUAUCUGAAAUAAAGCCUUUAACAUAUGGUGAAAUUAAAGCUGCACAAUUUGUCUUAGAGGCACAGAAACCAUUAUUAGCACUUUCACAACUAUCACAAGAUUUUCCAAAAUAUUCUGGUCCUAUUUCACAAAUUACAUUAAAUUCUACGUGGGAAGCAGAAGUUCAAUUGAAUCAGCAAUAUAUUAUGGAUAUAGACAAAAAUUCUAUUUGGAUAAAUGGACUAAGUUUAGACCCAAAUUCUGUUGAUCCAUUCAGCCUUGGUUUAAGUUUACAACAGGCGGUUGAAUUACUUGCGUCUCCCAUAAUUUCAGAAUCGAAAUAUUCUCAAAAUCUUUUUAGAGGUGUUUUUGAUGUUCGUGAUAAAUCUGAAAAAGAACAUGUGGUUGUAUGGUUAAAUGAUUUGGAAAAAGAAAUUCGAUACGCUCAUUGGCCUCAUCGUAUUUACGAGAUUUAUGAUGAGGUCCAUAAAUCAUCAACAAAAGCUUUUGAUGAAAUAAGUCGAGAAAUAUAUAAUCGUGUGGUUGAUAAAAAACAAUUGAAGGAUGAAAAAAUUCCUAGCACCUUUGAAGAUAUAGUAAAUUCGGAGAAAUCUCCAGUUAUAGAACAAAUAGAGGAUGCAAAAGAUUUCGUCAGACGAUUCCAAAUAAAACCGGAAAGUGAUGGUGUUUUCUUCGUAAAUGGAAAAUAUUUUGAUAUGGAUGAGGUUUAUGUGGGAGAAAUUAAUGAUAUCACCGACAUUUAUGAUUAUUUCAUGACCAUGCCGGGUGUUCCAGAUAGGAGGAAUUCUUAUAUUUUUAUAUCAGACAAUCAACCUUUAAAUGUUGUUAAUUUAGUCAUUGAUAAAGAUUGGAAUAAUGUAGAAAUUGACAAGUUGAACUACAUCUAUUCUGAGAUUCCUAUGACGAUAUUAAUCAUUUCAGAUUUCAAUCAAAAAUAUGGUGCAAUACAAGGAUUAGAAGCAUUAAAGUUUUUGGAUUCAUCACCAGAUGUACGAAUAUCUCUUAUCCAUAACCCAUCAAAUGAUACUGGUGACAGUAUCAUGUCAUCAAUGAUAUAUUAUCUAUUAUAUGAAGUUGCAGACUUGCCAAAGCAUGUAUCAUUAAAAUCCGCAUUUGAAGAGUUUUUGAAUGAACUUUCGGUAGAAAAACAUAUAAAAAAUAGUAAUGAAGAAGAUCAAAUUCCGAUUGGAAUAACUAGAAAUUCUGCAGUAUCAGUUGGAUGGCAAAUGAUUGAUAAUUUAAAGGCCAACAAAUAUUGGAAAGAUAUGAAACCAUUCAUUAAAAAUCUAUUAAAAUUAGGCCAAGGAGAGACUGCCUUCAUUGUUGGUCCUAUUAAUUCGAAUGAUUUGUUUACCUUUGAUGAUUUCGAAUUAUUGACCACUACUGAACUUACCGAACGCAUCAAUCCAGUUAUUGAAAUGUCAAUACAUGAUUUGGAUAAUAUUCGCCUAGCUAAUUUAGAUAGUCGAUAUAAAAUUAAAGGAGUAGAUGCACUUUUUGAAUUAAAAAAUAUUCUUAUUGAAGGACAUGCAUUUGACAUUACAACGAAUUCACCACCUAGUGGCCUUCAACUUUUACUUGGCACAAAUAAUUAUCCUGCAAUGGUUGAUACAAUCGUGAUGGCUAAUCUUGGGUAUUUACAAUUAAAAGCAAAUCCUGGAGUCUGGACACUUAGAUUAAGAGAGGGAAAGUCAAAAGAAAUAUAUGAUCUCCUAAGUGUUGGUAGCGAAGGAUGGUUUAGUCGAAGCGUUAGUGAAAUUGGUAACGAAAUAGUUUUAAACAGCUUUGAAGGGUUGAUAAUUUAUCCUCGUCUGGUACGUAAACCGGGAAAGGAAAAUGUUAAUAUUAAAGAUGACGAAAACGAUGAUAGCUUUUGGGAUUACUUUAAGAAUAAAUAUAAAAUUUUAUUCCUUGAUGUUCUUUUCCCUCUCGAUUUGGAUAAGGUUAUCUUUGUUGACGCUGAUCAAAUCGUUCGGACUGAUCUAAAGGAAUUAAUUGAUAUGGAUUUAAAAGAACCUAAGCUCGAGAGAGCAAAGCGUCAAAUUCCAGAAUGGGAGUCUUAUGAUAAUAAAGUUGCAUCUUUAGCGGCGAGGGUUGCGCAGCAAAAAGCUUCUGUACUAGACAAUCAGCAAAAUGUUCCAGAAAGCAGUUCUCAAAAAACAGAAUCAACUACCACACCCAUAAUAGUAGCUCCCGUUACUCGGCGCAAUGACGAGCAUGAGCGUGAACAUGAUGAGUUAUAG